AUGCGAUCUUCGUCAUUUCAGGAUGGAUAUGAAUUUUUUGCGAAUCGUUUGUUGGUGACAAUCUUCUCGGCACCAAACUAUUGUGGUACGUUCAACAAUGCGGGUGCGGUGAUGACAGUCGAUGAGUCGUGUCGAUGUGCGUUCGUUACGUUGAUGCCGUUAGCGGAUCCACCGAUUCGAGUCAGUCGAAAUCGUAAUGAAAUCGAUAUUGAUGAAGCACUCGAAAAAGCACUGGAGGACUUGUGA